UUUAAACGCCUCAGCUUGAGCUCCAUCAGCAGAGACUCGGAGUCUGCAGGAGGACAUCACCGCGUCUGUGCGCUUAUUUCUCUGGAUGGACUUGUUCUGUAUCGUUGUACCUGUGGACGGAGUCUGCUGUGCCAUCGCGGGAUGGUUAUUUGUGCGCUUGAAACGCAUGGAGUAGAAUUUAAAAAGACGCAAAAUCUGCCUAAUGAUGAUGUGCCCUUGGGUUAUUUGUGCCUCAUAUUUCAUCUUCCUGCCUAUUACAGCGUGGAGCAAACCUGUCAUCUUCCCCAGCGAGCCUCACAUAGUGGUUCCCAAGAAGGGGAAGCUGCAACUGCGUUGCCAUGACAACACCACAGCAUCCAGAGCCCCAUUCCUGUUAAGGUGGCAAAGGGAGAAGAACCGCAAGCUUGAGGGAGAGGUCGAGGAGGGCAAGGUAGCUUCCCUCAGCUUGUCGGGGGUCCAGGCCCAACAGAUGGGUUGGUAUGUGUGUGUCAACAACAACACUCUGGAGAACAGCUCAAUCUUCGUUUACGUUAAAGACCCUGGCAGUGCUUUCCAGCACACCAUGAUGAGCAGUAUUCUGGUUCGGGCUGGUGAGGACUGCAUCAUCCCGUGUCUCGUGACUGACCCUGAGGUCGCCAACCUGUCUUUGGAAACCUGCGAUGGACGACCUUUGCCUUCAGGAAUGGUUUACAGUGGGAAUCUGCAGCGAGGCAUCAUCAUCCGCAAUGCUAGGGAGGAAAUUAAGGGCUGCUACAGAUGUGUAGGACAGCUCGGCGGAAACAGAGUCAUGUCUGUCUCAUACAGCGUUGAUGUUCGACCUGUGCCAGAGUUGCGGCCAGAGGUCAGCCUGUCCCACAAAGACACGGUCAUCCUGAAGACAGGCGAGGCAUUUGAGCUUACCUGCAACUCCACCAAUAUCAACUCAGAAUUCAGUCUUACUUGGGACUUCCCUUCAGCAGCGAAUCCUGUGAAGUCCCAGAUCUCACACAUCCUGCCCAGCUCCCGGGGCUAUUUACGUUCAACCACGCUCUCCAUAGCAACCGUCAGCCAAUUAGAUACUGGAAUUUACCGCUGCCACGCCCACAAUGAGAAAGGUCACAGUAACGCAGCAAUGGAGCUGGAUGUACUUGAUCAGGGGUUCAUUACAGCUUUAGGAAGUCAUAGUCCAAUCCAAGACGUCAAAGAAGGGGAGAGCCUGACCCUCAGGGUGGAAUUUAAGGCCUAUCCUGCACCACGCUCCAUCUUCUGGUCCUACAACAAGGAGCACCUCCUCAACACGACAGAGCAUGUCAUCACUGUCCACCGCCAGAAAUACAGUUUCACCAGUGAGCUGAGACUGGUGAGGGUCCUCAGCUCUGAGGGCGGGGUCUAUACGUUCUCAGUCAGUAAUGGAGACGCAUCCGUUGACCGCUCAUUUCACGUAUACGUCAAAAGUAAGCCUGUUAUCAUUGCGCAGGAGGGGCCAGUUGAUGGUCAGGUCCGCUGCAUUGCCGCCGGUUAUCCAGUACCUAAAAUUAGCUGGUACUUCUGUGAGCUGCCCCGCACAAGGUGCUCCAACCUACCCAAUGCCACCCAAUGGGAGACCCCAGAGGUCACUGUACUGUCAGAGUCAACGUUUGGCAGGAGUGAGGUGGAGAGCCGCCUGAACGUCAGCAACGAGCACGCUCAGUACCACACUCUGGAAUGUGUGGCUUCCAUGCAGGGAGAGGAAGCCUACACUCUGUUCACCAUCAGAGAACGCAUUGUCCCCCAUAAACUCUUCACACCUCUCCUAACUGGCAUGUUGGCUACUGGCGUCUUCCUCAGCGUCAUUCUAGUGGUGCUUGUCUAUAAGUAUAUGCAGAAACCAAAGUUCCAGAUUCAGUGGAAGGUCAUUGAGAGCAUUAAUGGAAACAACUACAUCUACAUCGACCCCCUCCAGCUGCCAUAUGACCUGAAGUGGGAGUUUCCUCGACAGAAGCUUCGCUUUGGUAAAACUCUGGGCUCUGGGGCUUUUGGAAAGGUGGUCAGGGCCACUGCAUAUGGACUUUGCUCUGCCGAUACUGUCACAACUGUUGCUGUUAAAAUGUUGAAACCUAAUGCUCAUUCCACGGAAAAGGAAGCACUGAUGUCUGAGCUGAAGGUUCUUAGUUAUCUUGGAAACCAUGUGAACAUCGUGAACCUGCUGGGAGCCUGCACUGUUGGAGGCCCAAUUUUGGUGAUCACAGAGUACUGUUGCUAUGGCGACCUGCUCAACUUCCUUCGAAGGAAAAGAGAGUCAUUCCUAAACUCCCAGGUUGGGGAUAGUUACUAUCGCAACGUCUCCAAGCAGUCUGAGCCGACAAGGGAUGCAACUGGUACAGGAUACAUCCCCAUGCGUCCCUCUGAGAAAGAAAGAUCCUCUCAAUCAGGUACUUCUACAUUUUUAUCCACUUUGAAAUUGACAGUAAGUUUGACGAAACUUGACUAUGAAGUUUUCAUUUUAGAUUACAUAGAUGAGCUCUCUCUGGAUGCUGAAGACCUCCUCAGCUUUUCCUACCAGGUUGCCAAAGGAAUGGAGUACAUUACCUCCAAGAAUUGUAUCCACAGGGAUCUUGCGGCGAGAAACGUUCUGCUGACUCAUGGCAGGGUGGCGAAGAUCUGCGACUUCGGCCUUGCCCGAGACAUCACCACUGACUCCAGUUAUGUACUCCGGGGAAACGCUCGCCUGCCUGUCAAGUGGAUGUCUCCUGAGAGCAUUUUCGACUGCGUCUACACCUUCGAGAGCGACGUGUGGUCCUACGGCAUCCUGCUCUGGGAAAUCUUCUCUCUGGGAAAUAGCCCGUAUCCAGGGAUGCAGGUGGGAUCUGCCUUUUACAAGAUGAUUCAAGACGGCCGCAGGAUGAGCAGGCCAGAGUUCGCUCCUAUCGAGAUGUACGACACGAUGCUGUCCUGCUGGAACGACGACCCUCUGAAGAGACCUUCCUUCAGAAAACUGGUGGAGAGAACCGAGCUGCUGCUGUCAGAAAACACCAAGAACGUAUACCUGACUCUGAGCAACACUCCAAAUGCUAGUGAGCAGCAGAGGGCGCCAUCGCGGAGGCUUAGCUCUGUGUGUAGCACCACAGCUCCUACCCAGCCUUUACUGCAGAACACAGUUGACGUCUUCCUGGACUACGUCUGACACACACACACUCAUGUAUAAACAAACCCACAACUACAGCUCAUACACACCACAUGUCGAACUAAUACCACAAAAACACACGUUCAUUGAGCAACAAAACCUCCAAACUAACUCCUAAAUGCUGGCAGUCUUUCAUCUCAGAAGCUCACAAAACACUCAUGCACAUAGUACUGUAUAUUUAUAUACAGGCCUUCACUGGGCUAUAAGCCUCUAAUUAUUCUUCCCAUUGGUGUAUUGAUUGUUGUGGUAGAUAUUUCAGGUGCAUGUCUAUAUAAAGCAGACGGCAGCACUAACAGAACAUCAGAUGCAUCAUCACCCAGAAGCACUGGGGGGGAAUCUGGCUCACAUUCAGCCUUACAUUACAUCUUAAGAUACUUUGACUGAAAGUACAAGUACAUAUAUAACUAAGGAGGGAUGACGUUUGACUAAAUAAAUGAGACACUGCUGGCUACUAGAGAUGUUUUUGUGAGGGAUUUGUUUCACUUUGUACAGAACCAGUAUUUACGUUUAGGCCGAUAUUCUUGUUGAGGGAUCAUUGUGAAGACACUACGGUGACUUCAAGCUCUCUUGAUGAAAAAUAUUUGCCAUAAUAUCCAUAUUUGUCUGGUCAUUGUCACUGGAUUUGUGAGAGAUUAUUUUUUAAUAGGCCUUUGCAUACAUACUUUCUCUAUAAGGCAAAUGUUGACCUUGCAGAGAAAACAGUGAGCCAUAAAACAUAAAAGUGGGGUUAAAGCAACGAUCCUCAAUGGAAGUAAUUUAAAGCCAUAAGUUACAGUGCCUCGCAAAAGUAUUUUUACUCCUUGAACUUUAUCACAUUUUUUCAGGUUGUAACCAUAAACCUUAGUCAACUUUAUUGGCAUUUAUGUGAUAGAGGUGAAAGGGAAAUACUGUUGAGUUUAAAAAAAAAAACGCUUUAGAAAUUUAAAGCUGAGAAGUGUGGUGUGCAUUUGUUUUCAGGUCCUCUGGGUCAAUACAUUGUAAACUCACCUUUUGCUGCAGUUACAGCUGCAAGUCUUUUUGAGUUUUGUCUCUACCAACCUUCAAUUGGUACAGACUAAAAUUUGUGCCCAUUCUCAGUUCCAGAGUCAGACUGGGUGAAGAGUAAAUAUUCAAGUCCUCCUGUGGAUUCUACAUUAAAUGUAGGUUCUACUCUCACAUGUUUUGCAAUCCCUUACAGGUUUUCUUUCUGAAUUGCUGUGCUUAACUAAAUCCAUCAACGGUAACCAGGCUCCUUAUCCGUAUCGAUGAGAAGCUUUCCCAAAGCAUAAUACUGCAACAGUCUCCCUGUGCGGAUUGUUUGUUCAGGGUGUUCUGAAGUGUUAGUUUUGUGGCACACAAGGUUUCACAUAUAGGUCAGAAGGUUUGGUUUUGGUCUCAUAAGACCAAACCUCCUUCCUUGUUGCAAACUGGAAAUAAUUUAUUAGAAAUUUGUAGAGUAUACUAAUACUUCUGUGGACGGAUUCACUCACUUUAGAGCCAUUAUGAUCCUCCUAUUUGCUUCUCUGACUUAAGCUGUCAUUGCCCUGCCUUUUUUUUAGAUUAAGUGGAUGUCCAUAUCUUGCACACACUUUUCAGAUUUUAUCUAACAAAAUCUUGGAAAUCACGUAUCAUUUACCUUCUGUUUCACAAUGAUAUCCUAAAAAAAAAAUCCUGUCUUGUACAUAAAAUGUGGUUAAGUUGCACUACAGUGACAAAAUGUGAGACAGUUCAACAGGUAUGAAUACUUUAGCAAGGUGAACACCGAUUCCCAUUUAUGUGUUGUAGCUUCUUAUACUGUGACUAACUGACUCAUUAUUGUGUGUAUAUCCAAAAUAACUUCUUUAGCAAAGCUACUAAGGCUGAGGUUUUAGGUUUGAUUGUGUGCUUUCUGUUGUCAAAUGUGUAUGCAAUGUAAAUAAAAUAGAGAUGUGCCUUUAGACAUUUUUUUUUUUUGUUAAACUGGAUGUAUUAUCUCCUGACUGUUAGUGUUGAGACAAUGAGCAGACAUUUCCUCUGCAGUUUGGUUUUUGAGAUCAUUGCAGUUUUGAUACGGUUGGUUGAAUUGUAAUAAUAAAGAAAGCACCUGUGAUGGUUGAAAGAA